CGUAAGGCCUUUCAGCGCUGGCUGCCUGCUGCGUCCGGCCGUGCUGCUGUGCUGCUGCGGCAGGAGGGCAGUCACCCUGCUGACACUUGUCGGGAUUUGAAUCACGUGGAAGGCAGCUCAGCAUUUCCAGAGUUGAACGCGUGAUGCUGCGAGGGAUGCGUUUGCUUCUUCUGAUAUUGCUGAAGCUGAAGGAGAGUUUUAUAGCAAAAUUUGGAUCAGCUCCCAAGUUUUAUGUUCGUGCACCAGGGAGAGUCAACUUAAUAGGAGAACAUAUAGACUACUGUGGUUAUGCCGUGCUCCCUAUGGCUAUAGAACAAGAUAUCUUGAUUGCAGUAGAACCUGUAAAGACUGAAAUUGUGCAAUUGGCCAAUAUAAAUUCUUCGUACUUGGAUUUCAGUACUAGCGUCAAUAACAUUCAGAUUAACAAAACCAAACCUCAGUGGCAUAACUACUUCUUGUGUGGACUGAAGGGUAUUCAGGAACAUUUUGGUCUUAAUAACCCAACUGGAAUGAAUUGUCUGCUAGAUGGAACCAUCCCUCCAAGUUCUGGUCUUUCUAGCUCCAGUGCUUUGGUGUGCUGUGCAGGACUCGUGACCCUAAAAGCUAAUGGAAAAACCCUCUCUAAGGUGAAACUUGCAGAAAUUUGCACCAAGAGUGAACGUUACAUUGGCACAGAAGGUGGAGGAAUGGACCAGUCAAUCUCUUUUCUGGCAGAAGAAGGAACUGCCAAGUUGAUAGAGUUCAGUCCUCUGAGGGCAACUGAUGUUAGACUUCCAAGCGGAGCAGCGUUUGUUAUUGCUAACAGUUGUGUUGAAAUGAAUAAAGCAGCAACUUCUCAUUACAAUAUUAGGGUAAUGGAGUGUCGUCUGGCUACAAAGCUUCUCUCAAAGUCAAAAAGUUUGGACUGGAAAAAAAUGCUGAGACUCCAAGAUGUGCAGGCUGGCCUAGGAGUCAGCCUGGAGGAAAUGCUGACCAUUGUCGAGGAGGUAUUGCAUCCGGAGCCUUACAGCACAGAGGAAAUUUGUAAAUGCCUGGGAAUUAGCCUGGAGGAGCUCCGCUCUCAGAUCCUGAGUCAAAACACGCAGAAUGUUUCCACCUUCAAGUUAUACCAGCGUGCAAAGCAUGUGUAUAGCGAAGCUGCCAGAGUGCUGGAAUUUAAGAAGAUAUGCAGCGAAGCACCUGACAAUGCAAUCCAGCUGCUGGGAGAAUUAAUGAACCAGAGCUAUAUCAGCUGCAAGGAAAUGUAUGAAUGCAGCUGUCCAGAACUGGAUCGGCUGGUAGACAUCUGCCUGCAAUUUGGGGCCAUCGGGUCACGUCUGACUGGAGCUGGAUGGGGCGGCUGCACUGUGUCAAUGGUGCCUACUGACAAGCUGAAUACUUUCCUAAAAAAUGUUAAGAAAGCUUAUUACCAAAAUGAUGGCCAAAGGUUAGCACUGGAGAAUAAUGGUCUCUUUGCUACCAAACCUGGAAGAGGAGCUUUGGUUUUUGUUGAGGCCUAAAGAACAUAAAAAUUGUAAAGAAACUAUGUAGAGCAUUUAUAACUGGCAGGACUUCCCACGCCACAAUAAAUGAAAGCCUUUUCUGGGUUUUAUUAUGAGUAGUUGCUAUUAUCAGAAUAUAUUUCUGAAGAAGGAAUUAAUCAGGAACGCUGAUUACAAAAUCUAUUUUUCCCAAUAUUAAAAUAUUUUCAGUGUAAAUGCUCAUUUACCAAAAUCUAUUGAUACACUGUAAUUGAAAAAGUGAUGAUUGUUUAUUACAACAGAUCUUUUCUUUUUCUACCAUAAAAGUAAGACCAAGUAGAGCACUGAACUAUUCUCCUGAAGGGCAGGAACCUUGCCAUGUGUGCGGGGCUGCUCAGUGCUUACAUCAGUGGCCAGAUGUUGUUUCUGGAAUCCUAUGAAAA